CUGCGAAUUGAGACGCAGCUAUAUAGACACGCAUGCGCAUACCCUAAUCUAGGAGACAAACUGUCAAAGUAGCCAGCAGUUGUUAUCGCGGCACUCGGUUUCUGUUCCAGUUAUAACUCUGUUUUUCUCCCGAAGGUGUUUGUCUUCAGACAGUGUUUUCCCACGCUUCAAUUUUCAUACCAUGACCGAACAAUCAGCAUUACUUCUUCGAAAACAGUUAGCAGAGCUCAACAAGAACCCAGUGGAGGGAUUUUCAGCUGGCUUGAUAGACGAUGACGACAUAUAUAAGUGGGAAGUUGUGAUUAUUGGUCCACAAGACACCCUUUUUGAAGGGGGUUUUUUCAAAGCAUACCUAACGUUUCCCUACGACUAUCCACUGCGGCCACCAAAGAUGAAAUUCAUCACUGAGAUUUGGCAUCCAAACGUGGCAAAGAACGGGGAUGUUUGCAUCUCAAUUUUGCACGAGCCAGGAGAAGACAAGUUUGGUUAUGAAAAGCCUGAAGAGCGCUGGCUUCCAAUCCACACCGUUGAGACAAUCAUGAUUAGCGUUAUCUCCAUGCUUGCUGACCCAAACAGUGAUUCACCAGCGAAUGUGGAUGCUGCAAAUGGAGGGAGGACCCUAAUGGAGAAUUCAAGAAAAAAGUGGCUCGCUGUGUAAGGAAAAGUCAAGAGAUGGCAUUUGAUUAGGGGUCCACUAUUACUUCCUGAGUGAGUUAGCUGACCUGUUUGAAAGACUGGUGUCCAUAAUGUGACACCCAAGAGUAAUGCGAAUUCCCUUGUGCUUUUGUGCAGUUAAAGGAAAUGCCUUCAGUGUGAAAAAAGGCUUUUGCAUCCUUUGUUUUGCCAGUCAAAGGAUCCGAUUGGCCUCAACUACAUUUCUGUGAAUGGUCUGCCAGAUGAGCCAAUUUGAGAACACUGCCAGCCAAGUUACCCUGAAUCCUUAUUGGAAUUGUAUAUUUAUUUAAUUUAUUUUAAGAAAUUAAUUGUGUAAAAUAUGUCAUUUGUAAAUGUAUUUGCUUUUUUAUCUGCUGCUGAACAGUUUUGACUUUAUACCAGGUUUCUUAUGCAAUUUAGUGUAGUAGAUUGUGUAGACAAAAGCCUUUCCUUAUUAGGUCGUCAUUUGUCCUCCUUACAAGCUCGCCGGAUUGUUGUCAACGCAAUUCGUGUUCAUGAAUAUAUUUAUUUCUACGGCUGUUAAAGAGUCACUGUUGCCUUUUGUGUUUGUCACAUUUUCACAAAUGGCCCUUUUGUCUAACAAAAAAAAAUUUGAAACACUUAGUGCGACCUUAAGGUUUGAUUUUUUUUUUUUUUCCUAGGAUUGUUAAGGAUUUUUAAAGCUCUGCCAUUUAAAUAUGCAUAAUAAUAUAUGUAGCUAUUUUCAUUUUUUUUGCUGGAAAGCUUAAAAACCUAUACAUUAAUUUAAGACCUUUCUUUGUAUUUAUAUAACCUGUGCCAACUUCUCAGGAUCACAAUUAUGACUUCCUAAACUCCGUCAUGUUGCCAUUCACUAAUUUCGGCCCCUGGAAUUGGUAAUCUACAGCAGUUCUUUCAUAUGUGGUUCCUAGUCAAUAACAAGGUCCCUAAAUAAUGGGCAAAACUCAAUUUGUGUAACUAUUAAUCUUGACCAGUUAAAUGCCAUCUCACUACGAUAAACAUAACUCAAACUAAAUAUUUUACAUUUAGAUUGGUUAUGUGGCUCCUAGUGUUUUUUUGCCCGUAUUUUAAGCAGCAAAUUUGAAAAGGUUUAAGAUGAAAAUACUUGGGAAAAAAUUCUGAAAAAAGGAGGGUCCAUAAUUUAAUCAGAUGCUCUUUUUGCAAUGACACAUAUUUAUGUCAUUAUUCAUGAUUAAAUAAUCAUUUCUUGUUUCAUAUUCUUGAUUAAAUUGCUUUUCUUCUGGCUGAAAUGUCUUUCAGUUAGAUAGAUAAUGAAGUUUCUUUUGUUAUUCGAUUCUUGUAAUUGGAGAUGUUGUAAGGAAUUAAUUUUGAUUUAUAGUUAAGUUUAGACAUGCCAUUCAUAUUCAAUGAAAACAAACUAGAAAAAAGUUUUUUAAAAGCAUAAAUGGUUAUUUCCAAACCAAUAAGUCCAUCAUAAACAGCCAUUUAGAUUAUUCCUAGUUGAAAAACAAUGAAAGUAGUUGGCCAUCUUCUUGCAUAACCAGACAGCUGUUGAUGUGUUAUAUAAAGUUAGUAAAUAUAUGUAGAAGCGAUGGUCGCAUAUUACAGCUGUUGACAAUACCAUAUUUACAUGAAACUUUCACUGAUCCACAUCUGACCGGUGUUCACUGUAUUAUUACCAUUUAACGAUAUCAUCUGAAAAUAAUUUUUAUACAUAACCAUCCUCAGCUCAAUUUGUUUUUUGUAGGUUGUAUCUUUUUCUUCUUUAGUUCUAUAUCAUGACAACGCAAUGUAUACUGGACAUGUUCCUCAAUAAAGUCUGUAAACUGA